GAGGGGUUCAGAGGACAGGAUAAAGAACAAGGACGAUGUAUACCUUCUGGAAUGCUUCCUGAGUCCCAAGACCUACUAUGUCUUUUCCUGGAGAAGUACAGCUCCUCUCUGGUGCUGCCUCAGUUUCCAAAAUCAAGUGGUAUGCUUUAACCUGUAGCGAGCCCUAUCCAGCAAAACUUUCCCAGGAUUGGCAUGGGCCAGACCAGGCACUGAACGUGAGCCUGGAGUAGAGCAGUAAAGGUGAUAACUUUGUCCUUCAUGAGACCAAGGAAACGUUUUUUUACCAGGAUGCUAUUGUGAAGCUGGAAGGGAGGAAUGCCCUGAGGACAGAGUCUAGCCUUCCACAAGCAGACCAGCUGGGAAGGGAAGGAACAGGCCUUGAGAGUUUGGAGGUAGUGGUUCGUGAAGGAUUAAGGAGGGCUGACUCUCCUGAUUUCUGUGCCUGGAGUGCUUGAAGCUGAUGGCAGAGCUGUGGAAAGAUGUAGGCAGGCUGCCGGGCAUACCUGAGGGUGUGCACAGAUCCUGAGGGAGCUGAAGUGUGUGCUAGUUUCUCUUGGAAGUCUUCCUCCAGGCUGCCCUGGGUUUCUGAGGUAAUGCCAUAGAGUCUCCUGUUAUUUGAGUGGGUCCUGGGACAUUUGGUGGUCCUAAAGACACUUGACUUUGACCCCAAUGAAAUAGUGCAACAGCUUCCCCUAAGCAUCUGGGACAGUGGUUCUCAACUUGUGGGUGUAGCUCCCUAGGGGGUUGCAUAUUAGAUAUUUACAUUAUGAUUCAUCACAGUAGCAAAACUAGUUAUAAAGUAGCAAUGAAAUCAUUUUUGGGGGGUCACCACAAUAGGAAGAUCUGUGUUGUCGCAUUAGGAGGGGUGAGAAGCACUGGGAGGAGGACGUGCGGGUACAGGCAUUGUGGCACUGUGUGUCGUACUCAGUAUACACGUCUUAUUUGUCAGAGAGGAAGUGAGGGGUAGGCGCUGGGGCCGCCUCUUUGUCCAUCGGGACAGUGGUGGUGCCUUCGUUGCAUCUUGUUCUGCUGUACCUCCAAGGAGGGGCAUUUUUUUUUCUUUUGCUCCUCCUCUGCUUCCUCCUCCUGGUGAUUGCCAUUGACACAGACUUCCGCUGCCAAAGCUAAUUGUGAGGUCUGAUCAGUGAAUGAAGGCAAAGGCAGUUCCCAUGACAACCUCAAAGAGUUUCAAAUAUAGAGGAUGAUGUAUGUGUGAUGGGCUGCAAUUACUUGGGUGGAAACUGAUGUGUGGACACCGGGAAACAUAGGCUCCGAGGGUGGAGGGGGUGCUAGGUUUCUUUGACAGGAUCCUUUGUGUGAUGGAGAGGGAAGGGGGUCACAGGUCUCACCUCACAGUCAAUUCCUAGUGCCUUCAGUAUUGGGUGCUCUGGGGAGGCAGGACAUGUAUAUGUACGCAGAGACAAACCGCAGGUGGUGCUGUGGACUGGCAACAAGCUGAGGUACCCAGAGAAGGCAUCCCGGAGGAUGUGGGCUUCAACUGGACAAGGACGGAAAAGCCCUGUGCAGAAGUACCGUGUGCAGGACAAGGCAAGGAAGAGAAGAGACCUGUCUCUAGUCCCCUGUCACCUCUGGAGGAGGUAGAUGGACUUGAGCGUUGCAGGACUAUCCGUAGCAGCUCUGGAGUGUGCCACUGCAAGUGACACGACAGGAAGAGCCUUGCUGGGUCGCUGUAGCUGUUUGAUCUUGGGCAAGGUGUGUAGAACGCUAUUGUUUCCCAUCCGUAGAGUGGGUAUGGAAGACUCCUGGAAUGUUGGUGAUUUGAGAUUUAAAUAAGAUGCUUUGUGCUGUGUCCCCCUUUGUGGGGCGUCACGAGGCUUGGUGCGCGGUUCAUCUGCAGUCUUCCUUCCCCAUGGUGUCUAGGCAUGCCUGAGUUCCUGUUCGUCUGUGUGCAGUGUGGUUUGUGGAUAGCCAUGGUCUUGAGAUUUUCAGUGUUUCCAGCAAGUGAGCCCAUUUACCUCUGUGGCCCCACUCCUGCAGUCAGAACGGAGGAAACUGGGAGACCCCAUGGAAGACGGGGGACGGAUCGUUGUCCUUAUGCAGAGGAAUCCCACGUGCCUCUGAGUUGGUCACAGUGAGACCCAUAUGGAGAAAGAGGGGCAUAUAGAGAUGAGAACGCUGUCAGGUGGGAACCGAACUGUCCUGGCAUCAUGUACCUCUCAAGAAGUAAGGUAGCCAGAGUGGGAUGAGAAAGGGAGCGAGCAGACUGCCUUGAAGGCCACAGGCUCCCGUGGUUUAGCUAAGGGCUGCUGGAGGGCAGGGUGGGUGUCUGAAGUUGGAGGAGCACAGAGUUAGCCCAAGGAGAUGGGGUAAACUCAGCUCCAGAGUUCCCAUAAACUAUGAGAAAGAGGCCUGCUGGUCCUUUCCAGGAGAGUGGAUGCCACCCCGCCCCUCCCCCGCUCCCCAGGCUUUAGGGACCUCACACCAUCUCAGUGCCCAGCCUCCCCGCUACUCCACACUCCCGAGGUAGAACGCAGCUCAGCACAUUCCAGUUCUGUGUAGAGCCUAGGAAAAGCGGGGAAGAUGGCCCCACCCACGUGGGGAACGACAGUAAAUAAAAUAACUGCUCCGAUGUGCUGGCUCCAGAAGAGGCGGUGUGCUGUUCUCCAGGCCAGGGAGGACCUGGCAGAGGGGAGGCACUGUUUGGAUUCAGCCUUGCAGUGCUUUAGCGUGCGGGGGAGGGGUCAGUCAGGAAGCAGCAUAGAGAAGAGUGAAAACAUUAGUGUUCUCAGAUCUCUUUGACAGGAAGUGGUCACUUUAAGUGACCCAGUUGUCUAUUUCCCUAGGCUUGACAGAAAGGGGGCUACAGAGGACAGGAAGGGUCUGGGUUUGAAUUCCAGCCCACCAAGUUUGAAGGGCAAAUUGUUCAGCAUCCUAAGAGUCUUCCUUCUGCACAAGGCUGUGUGUAGAGAGGGUAAAAUGAGAUGAUACUACAGGGUGGUUGGCCCGGGGCCUGUGCGUAGCAGGGGGCUGAUCACUGUGGCAGCCGGAGUAGUAGCUGUAUUAAUUGAUACUCUCGGAGUUGUGUUUGUCUCUGUGGGGUGCAUGGGUAUGUAACACAGGGUUUAGGGAACCAGGAGAAAGGAUUCAUUUAUGCUGGUCAGUAAUGUGAGUUAAAAGACACAAACACAGCCCGGCGGUGGUGGGCCUUUAAUCCCAGCACUUGGGAGGCAGAGGCAGGUGGAUUCGAACCAGGCAGUUCCAGGCCAGCCUGGGCUACGAAGCAAGUUCCAGGAUAGCCAGGGCUGUUGUGUUACACAGAGAAACUGUGUAACAAAAACAAAACCAAACCACAAAAGACACACUCAGUUUGUCACCUGAAGUCAUGAUUUAGGACAUGGUCCCUUACCUUAUCUUGUCAUCUGCCCGCCUUCCUGCUCUGAGAAGGACCUAGUAAGACUGCCCUUUGUCCCACAGGGGAAGCAAGUGUGCCCCCCCCCCCCAAGCCGCCUCACCAGAGGCAGGCUUGCCCUCCUCCUAAGGCAGCUCUUCUGGUUCUGAGUACCCCCUGGGGACCCUGGGGGAGCACAAUUAUGCAUUUGUGGUGGAGUGGGUAAUAGAGCGAGUCACUGGAGCAGGGGCGGGGCGCUCAUCUGUGAGUCACUUCUCUCAGGCCUCAGCUUAUUCAUCUGUGAGAAUGAGAAUGAGAAAGCACCCUGAGCUCUGGCAGAAACGUAACGUGCUGCCAGGCAGCAACACCUACCUGGUGUCGGUCAGGCCUGAGCCAUCUCAGGCCUCACAGCUGUAUGAAAUGGCUGCUGGUUCCAUUCUGCCAAUGAGCAAAGAGAGGCUAAGAGUGGUAAGUUACCACGGGCUGGGGACGGGAUAUGUGGGUACUAAAGUGUAUGUGAGUGAGGUCAGGUGCCUGGGGUAUCUGGGAAUUACUACAGGAAUGUGGAUUGCUAGGACUUUGCUAUCCCCCUCAACCUUUUAGUCUCCUGGCCCUUGCACUUUUGGUAUGCUUGAUUGGAGUUAGGGUACUAGACUGGAAUUCUUGGGGUCUGGGAGCCCGGGGAGGUUUCGGAAGGGGCACCUGGUGAAGCCUCUCCAGGAGAGACUACCGUAUGAGGCAUGUUUCAGCAGCGGUCUGGAGUGAUCUUAGGGUAGUAAAGUGGGUGCCAGGGAGGGCACAGCUGACUUGUGGGAGCAUAGGAAGUAUGGGCUAUAGCCCAUUUUCCCGAGUGGGGUGCAAGAGGGCAGGGCAGUAGAGCUCAGUAGGGUGGUAUGGUCUUCAGGGAGGACAGACCUGGCAGGGAGUUUGAGCUCCGCUGAGUUCUAGCGCUGUCACCUUUGGUAAGUUACUCCAUGCCUUUGCAGUCUGCAGAGCGGGUGCGUGCGUGUGCGUGCGUGCGUGUGUGUGUGUGUGAGAGAGAGAGACACAGACAGACAGACAGACAGACAGACAGAGACAGACAGAGAGACAGAGAGAAGCGCUGCCCUGGAUUCUCCCUGGAGGACAAGCUCUUACUUUGAUCUUGGCCGGCUGGAGAGUGGCCGGUUUGGAGUACCACCUACUCCUCACCCCUACGUUGCACGUUCCACUGUACUCCAGGUGCACCCACUGGAGGUGCAGGGAAGGCCUUGUGCACAUCGCCUGGCGGGGAAUGCCGCGGGAUCCCCGGCCUGCCUGGGAAGCAGCCCUUGUGGCUAUGGCUUCCACGACCAAGGCCCCCGCCUGGCUGCUGGGCAGGUCCUUAGCGGGGAGGGCCGGGCGCGGGAUUGGCUGGCGUGUGCGCCGCCCCCUCGCACACCAGCCUGGCGGGGCGGGAGCAGCCGGCAGCUGGCCGCCGCCUCUGCAGUGCCUCCCUCGGUGCGCUCCCUCGGCGGGGAUAAUGGGAGGCCCGGCGGCGGCCGAUGCAGUAGAGGAGGCCGGCCGAGGUGGAAAUAAAGGCUGGUGAAGGAGCAGGGCCUUGGGCACAAGGGGCGACUGUCAAGACAGGCUCAGAGCUCAGCCCAGUUGAUGGACCUGUUCCAGGUCAGAUGGACUCAGGGCCAGUGUACCAUGGAGAUUCAAGGCAGCUAAACACCUCAGGGGCGCCGGUCAAUGGUGCUAGAGAGCCCGCCGGACCCAGUCUGCUGGGAGCUGCAGGUCCUUGGCGGGUAGACCACAAGCCCGACUGGGACGCUGCCUCAGGCUCUGCUCACACUGCUCGUUUGGAAGAUGCCCACGACCUGGUGGCCUUUUCGGCCGUGGCCGAAGCUGUGUCCUCUUAUGGGGCCCUUAGCACCCGGCUCUAUGAAACCUUCAACCGUGAGAUGAGUCGUGAGGCUGGGAACAGCAGGGGCGCCCGACCUGAGAGCUGUUCUGAGGGCAGCGAAGACCUCGACACGCUGCAGACAGCCUUGGCCCUUGCGAGGCAUGGCAUGAAACCACCCAACUGCAACUGCGAUGGCCCAGAGUGCCCCGACUACCUCGAGUGGCUGGAGGGGAAGAUCAAGUCUGUGGCCAUGGAGGGAGGGCAGGAGCGGCCCAGACUCCCAGGCACUCUGCCUCCUGGUGAGGCUGGCCUCCCAACCCCAAGUACCAGACCACUCCUUAGCUCUGAGGUCCCCCAGGUACCUCCCCUGGAGGGCCUGCCUCUGUCUCAGAGUGCCUUGAGCAUUGCCAAGGAAAAAAACAUCAGCCUGCAGACAGCCAUCGCCAUUGAGGCCCUCACACAGCUCUCCUCUGCCCUCCCUCAGCCUUCCCAGUCCACCUCCCAGGCGUCCUGUCCACUCCCUGAGGCCUUGUCCCCUUCUGCCCCUUUCAGGUCUCCCCAGUCCUACCUCCGGGCCCCCUCAUGGCCUGUGGUUCCCCCAGAGGAACAUCCAUCCUUUGCUCCCGAUAGCCCAGCCUUUCCUCCAGCAACUCCAAGAACUGAGUUCCCCGAAGCAUGGGGUACUGACACACCUCCAGCAACUCCCCGGAACUCCUGGCCUGCGCCCCGCCCGAGCCCUGACCCUAUGGCUGAACUGGAGCAGCUAUUGGGCAGUGCCAGUGAUUACAUCCAGUCAGUAUUCAAGCGGCCCGAGGCCCUGCCCACCAAGCCCAAGGUCAAGGUUGAGGCCCCCUCUUCCUCCCCUGCCCCGGCACCAUCCCCUCUUUCCCAGAGGGAGGCUCCCUUGCCCUCCCCAGAGCCUGAUGCCCACCAGAAGGCCCAGACGGCACUGCAGCAGCACCUCCACCAUAAGCGCAGCUUGUUCCUGGAGCAGGCCCAUGAUGCCUCCUGCCCUGCUCCCACGGAGCCUCAGGCUCCUGGCUGGUGGGCCCCACCAGGCUCACCGGCCCCACGACCUCCUGACAAACCACCCAAGGAAAAGAAGAAGAAGCCCCCUACCCCAGCUGGAGGUCCUGUGGGAGCUGAGAAAACCACCCCUGGGAUCAAGCCCAGUGUCCGAAAGCCCAUUCAGAUCAAGAAAUCCAGGUCCCGGGACAUGCAGCCUCUCUUCCUGCCUCUCCGGCAGAUUGUUCUGGAAGGGCUAAAAUCCCAAGCCUCAGAGGAUGUGCAGGCACCUCCGCCUGCCCAGCUCCCUGCCCAGCCUCCCGCCUCCCAGGGUGCUGCCUCCCAGAGCUCUGCUGCCCCUCUACCCCCAGAACCUUCUCUUGCGCUAUUUGCACCUAGUCCCUCUGGGGACAGCCUGCUGCCCCCUACUCAGGAAAUGAGGUCCCCCAGCCCUAUGACAGCCCUACAGCCAGGCUCCACCGGUGGCCCCCUUCCUCCUGCUGAUGACAAGCUGGAAGAGCUCAUCCGGCAAUUUGAAGCCGAAUUUGGGGAUAGCUUUGGGCUUCCAGGCCCUCCUUCGGUGCCCAUUCAAGACCCUGAGAGCCAAUCAACAUGUCUCCCAGCUCCAGAGAGCCCUUUUGCCACCCGCUCCCCCAAGAAGAUCAAGAUUGAGUCUUCGGGGGCUGUGACUGUACUCUCGACCACCUGCUUUCAGUCGGAGGAGGGCAGCCAGGAGGCCACGCCCACCAAGGCCGAGAACCCACUCACACCCACCCUCAGUGGUUUCUUGGAAUCGCCUCUGAAGUACCUGGACACGCCCACCAAGAGUCUUCUGGACACGCCUGCCAAGAGGGCCCAGGCUGAAUUUCCCACCUGCGAUUGUGUCGAACAAAUAGUGGAGAAAGAUGAAGGCCCAUAUUACACUCACCUGGGAUCUGGCCCCACAGUAGCCUCUAUCCGGGAACUCAUGGAGGAGCGGUAUGGAGAAAAGGGGAAAGCUAUCCGGAUCGAGAAGGUCAUCUACACAGGGAAGGAGGGGAAGAGCUCUCGAGGUUGUCCCAUUGCCAAGUGGGUGAUCCGAAGACACACACUGGAGGAGAAGCUGCUGUGUCUGGUGCGGCAUCGGGCAGGCCACCAUUGUCAGAACGCCGUGAUUAUCAUCUUGAUUCUGGCCUGGGAGGGCAUCCCUCGCAGCCUUGGAGACACCCUCUACCAGGAGCUCACUGAUACCCUCCGGAAGUACGGGAACCCUACCAGCCGGAGAUGUGGCCUCAAUGAUGACCGGACCUGCGCUUGCCAAGGCAAAGACCCCAACACCUGUGGUGCCUCCUUCUCCUUCGGUUGUUCCUGGAGCAUGUACUUCAAUGGCUGUAAAUACGCUCGGAGCAAGACGCCACGCAAGUUCCGCCUUACGGGGGACAAUCCCAAGGAGGAGGAAGUGCUCCGGAAUAGCUUCCAGGACUUGGCCACUGAAGUUGCUCCCCUGUACAAGCAGCUUGCCCCCCAGGCCUAUCAGAAUCAGGUGACCAAUGAGGAAGUGGCAAUCGACUGCCGCCUGGGGCUGAAGGAAGGGCGGCCCUUCUCAGGGGUCACAGCCUGCAUGGACUUCUGUGCCCACGCCCACAAGGACCAACAUAACCUCUACAAUGGGUGCACAGUGGUCUGCACCCUGACCAAGGAAGACAAUCGCUGCGUGGGCCAGGUCCCCGAGGAUGAGCAGCUGCACGUACUACCCCUCUACAAGAUGGCCAGCACGGAUGAAUUUGGCAGUGAGGAGAACCAGAAUGCCAAGGUGAGCAGCGGGGCCAUCCAGGUGCUCACCGCAUUCCCUAGAGAGGUCCGGCGUCUGCCUGAGCCUGCCAAGUCUUGCCGCCAGCGGCAGCUAGAAGCCAGGAAGGCAGCAGCUGAGAAGAAAAAACUGCAGAAGGAGAAGCUGAGCACACCAGAGAAGAUCAAGCAGGAGGCUCUGGAGUUGGCUGGCGUCACCACUGACCCAGGCCUGUCUCUGAAAGGCGGAUUAUCACAGCAAAGCCUGAAGCCCUCCAUCAAAGUGGAGCCUCAAAACCACUUCAGCUCCUUCAAGUACAGUGGCAAUGCAGUGGUGGAGAGCUACUCGGUGCUAGGCAGCUGCCGGCCCUCCGACCCCUACAGCAUGAGCAGUGUGUAUUCCUACCACUCUCGCUAUGCACAGCCCGGCCUGGCCUCCGUCAACGGCUUCCACUCCAAGUACACACUUCCCUCCUUCGGCUACUAUGGCUUUCCAUCUAGCAACCCUGUCUUCCCCUCCCAGUUCCUAGGCCCCAGUACCUGGGGACACGGGGGCAGCGGGAGCAGUUUUGAGAAGAAGCCAGACCUCCAUGCUCUACACAACAGCCUGAACCCGGCCUACGGUGGUGCUGAGUUUGCCGAGCUGCCUGGCCAGGCUGUUUCCACAGAUACCCACCACCCCACCCCUCACCACCAGCAGCCUGCUUACCCAGGCCCCAAGGAAUAUCUGCUACCCAAGGUCCCCCAGCUCCACCCAGCAUCCAGGGACCCCUCUCCCUUUGCUCAGAGCUCCAGUUGCUACAACAGAUCCAUCAAGCAGGAGCCGGUAGACCCUCUGACCCAGGCUGAGCCUGUGCCCAGAGACUCUGGUAAGAUGGGCAGAACACCCUUGCCCGAGGCAUCUCAGAAUGGGGGACCCAGUCAUCUGUGGGGACAGUACUCAGGAGGCCCAACCAUGUCCCCCAAGAGGACUAACAGUGUGGGUGGCAACUGGGGAGUGUUCCCUUCUGGGGAAAGCCCCGCCAUUGUUCCAGACAAGCUCAAUUCUUUUGGGGCCAGCUGUCUGCCCCCUUCACACUUCCCAGACAGCCAGUGGGGACUGUUCACUGGCGAAGGCCAGCAGUCGGCCCAUCCUGGAGAACGGCUUCGAGGCAAACCCUGGAGCCCCUGCAAGUUUGGGAACAGCACUUCGGCCUUGACUGGUUCCAGCCUGACUGAGAAGUCGUGGGGGGUUGGAGCAGGGGAUUUCAGCUCUGCCCUUAAAGGUGGUCCUGGAUUCCAAGACAAGUUGUGGAAUCCUGUGAAAGUCGAGGACGGAAGGAUUCCCACACCGGGGGCCAGCCAGCUGGACAAAGCCUGGCAGGCCUUUGGCAUGCCCUUGGGCCCCAGUGAGAAGCUGUUUGGGGCCCUGAAGUCGGAGGAAAAGCUGUGGGAUCCAUUCAGCCUGGAGGAGGGGACAGCUGAAGAGCCCCUAAGCAAGGGGGUGAAGGAAGAGAAGAGUGGCCCAGGAAUGGAAGAGGAAGAGGAGGAGCUGUGGUCAGACAGCGAACACAACUUCCUGGAUGAGAACAUUGGCGGAGUGGCUGUGGCCCCUGCCCACUGCUCCAUCCUCAUCGAGUGUGCCCGGCGAGAGCUUCAUGCCACCACACCACUCAAGAAACCCAACCGCUGCCACCCCACCCGCAUCUCGCUGGUCUUCUACCAGCACAAGAACCUCAACCAGCCCAACCACGGGCUGGCGCUCUGGGAGGCCAAGAUGAAGCAGCUGGCUGAGCGGGCGCGGCAGAGGCAGGAGGAGGCUGCGCGCCUGGGCCUGGGCCAGCAGGAGGCCAAGCUCUAUGGGAAGAAGCGCAAAUGGGGGGGUGCUAUGGUGGCUGAGCCCCAGCACAAAGAAAAGAAGGGGGCUGUCCCCACCCGGCAGGCGCUGGCCAUGCCCACAGACUCAGCGGUCACCGUGUCCUCUUACGCCUACACAAAGGUCACUGGCCCCUACAGCCGCUGGAUCUAGGUGCCAGGAGCCAGCGUACCUCAGCGUCGGGCCCGGCCCGAGCUGCCUCUGUGGUGCUUUUGCCCUCAUGCCCGGGGGCGGGUUGGGGGUGCAGAAGUCUCUCUAUAUCUACAUAUAUGGAUAUGCCUAUCAUAUAUAUGUAUUUAUGGUCCAAACCUCAGAACUGACCCGCCCCUCCCUCCCCUACUUCCCCAGCACUUUGAAGAAGAAACUACGGCUGUCGGGUGAUUUUUUUUUCGUGAUCUUAAUAUUUAUAUCUCCACAUUGUUUUUAUUUUUCCCCUUGUUUUGAGGGGCUUUUAAUUUCUCUUUGUUUUUAAAACUUUAUCCUUGUAUAUCACAAUAAUGGAAAGAAAGUUUAUAGUGUCCUUUCACAAAGGAGCGUAGUUUUAAAUUCCAUUUAAAAUGUGUAUUUAUUGGGUUUUUUUUAAAGUGACAAUAGUAAUGGUUACAGAUGGGCAGGAAAGGCCGUCAGUGCUUCCUGCUGGGCGAGCCCAGUCUCCUGGAAGCUGCAGGUUUUCCCAGCUAUCUGCCCCCCACAAACCAAGGUUAGCAUGUAGCCCUGGUCUAUCCCUCCUUCCCACAGGCCGGGGAGCCUUUGGGACCACCCCGUUCCCCUCUGUGGAAUGGGAGAAGCUGUAGACAUCUGGGGGCCCGGCCUGGAGAUGCUGGUGUUUGAUGUCCCCAGAAACCAGGUUGGAAGUAGACAGCUUCAAGCUUGCUAGUCUCCACACUGAAUCCUCUCUGUCCGUUAUUUAUCAAGUCAUAUGAUGUCCUGGUUCACUAGGCAGCACCUCACGCUGGAGCAGGAGUCGAGAGGCUCCUAGGAGCCCUUCCCGUCUCAUUGGUAAAGCCAGUGAGUACCGGGCUGAAAGAGGCUUAGUGGCAGUUUCUUUACAAAAUCGCCCCAAAGUUUGUCGAUACUGAAAAAGGGCUACUGUAUCUUUGAAAACAAGAAGUUGAACCCAAGCUGUGAAGAGCCAGCAUGCUGUGCGGUGCUGUAUGGUGCGGUGCCGUGCAGUGCUGUGUGGUGCUGUGCAGUGCCGUGCGGUGCUGUAUGGUGCGGUGCUGUAUAGUGCGGUGCAGUGCCGUGCGGUGCUGUAUGGUGCGGUGCUGUGUGGUGCAGUGCUGUGUGGUGCAGCGCUGUUCGGUGCUGGAGCCUGGUGCUGUACGGUGCUGUGCGGUGCUGUGUGGUCCUGUACGGUGCUGUGCGGUGCUGUAUGGUGCGGUGCUGUAUGGUGCGGUGCUGUGUGGUCCUGUACGGUGCUGUGCGGUGCUGUAUGGUGCGGUGCUGUGUGGUCCUGUACGGUGCUGUGCGGUGCUGUGUGGUGCUGUGCGGUGCUGUAUGGUGCGGUGCUGUGUGGUGCGGUGCUGUGUGGUGCAGUGCUGUUCGGUGCUGGAGCCUGGUGCUGUACGGUGCUGUGCAGUGCUGUAUGGUGCUGUGCGGUGCUGUAUGGUGCAGUGCUGUACGGUGCUGUGUGAUGCUGUACAGUGUGGUGCGGUGCUGUGCCGUGCUGUGUGGUGGUGUGCGGUGCCGUGUGGUGCUGAGCCUGGUGCUGUAGUAUUGUGCUGGGACUUUUCUGACUCUCAGGGCAGGUGGCAUCCUGCCAGAGCUCAGCAAGCCAGUGUGAUGGCAGGUCACUCAUCGUCCUUAUUCCUGGAUCUUCACAUGGGACAAUGGUGCAGUCCUCCCAAGCCCUCGCAGGGCAUGGCCUACACUUCAUUUAAAGUGCAAGGGUCAGGCGUUUUCAACAGGUUGCUAAUGCUUUCCUCCUCUGAGGAGGCCAGUUCUCCAUUGGAUCUUUCUCUCUUCCCUCCUCUUCCACCUCCCAUGUAACACACCCAUUCUAAAAUCCUGGUGCAUUCAUUUGAUCUUUGAAAUGAGAGCGUUGGUGCUUUAAUUUCUGUGAUGUUGUCGAGAGAGGUUGGGCCUGACAGGCAGAAGCGGCGCCGGUCUGCAGCGAGUCAGAAUUUAUGGUGUGUUCAUUUUCCGAUGCUGUUAGCCAUGUUACCCAGCUGCUCGUGUGGACGUGUGUGGUGAGUGGGGGAGGGGGCUUCAUCAGGACACACACAGAGUAGCGGCCAAUCCCUGAGACAGCAUUUUUCAAGUACUUCUAGCCAGGUGUGGUCUUCAUAGACGGAGCGUAGCAGUCCCACGACAAUGCUGAAGGCAAGUCCGAGUCCCCGAGCUUCGCGGUGCCUUGUGCCAGAGCUGAGAGCCGAGCGGCUGGGUGUUGACGGUAGCCCUUCGGAAGCACUGGCAGAGAGUGCUAAAAGGUGUCCUGAGCAUUUUUGUGGUCUGGUUUUAACUGUAAAUAGUGAAAGAUUUUUUUAAGCACUUUUGCCUAGAUUUAAACAGCAACUUGAAAAGAAUAAAAAGUACAUUUUAACAUGGAAUUGUGGGAGAAACUGUAAAUAGUAGCUGCAUAUUUAACGUGCUUUGUCAAUCCACCUUUACCAUAUUCUGUAAAGUUGCAAUUAUUUUACAGGACAGAAAAAUGAAAUAUUAUUGCUUUUGAAAUAAAUACCCAAGAGCUUAUCAGGAUUUAGAAUUAUUCAGAAUUCAGAUUUAUAGGAAAGCCUCUGACCUUCUGUUUCACAAGCUAAAGGAGUCAGAGUCUCUAAGGCGCAUGCUAAUUUUCUAGUUUUGAGGGAAAGUUGGGUCCUUUAAAUGCUAUUUUGCUUAAAUCGCAUCAGUGCUUUUACGCAGGUCUCAUCUGACUCCGUGCUUAGGUAGAUACGGGGGUGCCUUGAAAAACUUCAUUUUAAAUAAUCUUAAAUAUGAUAUUUUACAAAGCAUUUGGAGAAUGUGACCGUGUAUACGGCCCGUGGAAGCCCCAGGUUGGCUGUUGGCUUGCAAGGUCCCAAGUGUGGUCCAGGUGAUUCUGAUGUCGGCAGUGUGUGGAUCUCUCUGACGUGUAUUCAGUAUGCUCCAACCCUCCUCACCAUUUGGUAGCAAAGCCAUUAGAUGAAUGGAGAAACCAGUACAAGCUCAAAAGCAUGUGACGUCCAUCCCCCAAGCCUGCACAGCCUUGGUUCAGAAGCUCUAGGCCAGGACACAGGCUGCUGUGAGGUGAGGCAAAGGCGUUCUGUGUUGGCCUUUCGGGUCAUGGCGAGCGCUGUUUCGGGGCUCGGUGCUGUGGCUGCUGUGCUUGAGCCCAUGCUGACUUUCACACACUACAUGUAUAACCUACCUCAACUCUGUCGUUGAAAUGAGCAUGCUUUAGACGUGUAUUUAAGACGUAACUAUGCACAGUUCUCUAUCCCCCACCCCUUGCUGCUGAAGGCUUCUUAAAGAGAAAAAUCAAAAUUUUUAUUUUUUACUGGCACUAUCAUUUUUUAAGUCCUGAAGAUGAUUGACAAGACAUUUUUAUCAUGAGAAGAGAAAAAAUAAAGCCAUUGCAACUCAAGAACCUGACAGCGUGAGCGAGUUUUAAGAGUACCAUUAUAGCAAGGGAGAUGAUGGCAUUGAAGUCCGCUCCCAGUGUGCCCGUCCAUGGCCACAGUCCACAUACAGCGUUUGGUGUCCCCUCCCCCUUUGUUUUGUUUUGCUUUGUUCUGUUCUCCCUGACUGCUGUGCGAGAGGACUUGGGAAGUUGUAUCCCAAGAGAUUUUCUUUUGUAAUAACAAUCGCUUUGCAGCAGGUUCUCACAGAAUAACCGGUGCUCGCUGGAGAAGCCACCUGUCAGUAGCUCCGCUGAGGGUGGCGCACGGAUUGAAGGGUUCAGCUUGGGGUCUGGUUUUUAGCAGAGCCUACGCACCUGACCCCCAGCCCUCCCGGGUGCUGCUUUGUCUCUUCACCGAGGUGGCCCUGGUGCAUGGGAAGGGCUUCUGCCUUCUCUGGGCCUCCACCUGCUUUUGGGGAAACGGCGGCUUGCAGGGCUAGGGGUUUGGGUGCUAGACGGAAGAACAGAAGUAGCAGCGCUCUGUUGCUUCGUGGCUAUGGCAGUGGAUGUGUGAGGGCGGUUGACAGUAGCUGAACACCGUGUCACAGAGCGAGGAGUUCCUGACUGCCUCGAGGUGUCAAAGCAAGGCCGAGCUGGUGGAACACUGACAUACCCUGAUGUGCCUCAACCAAUCUCCUUCCUUUCGUUACUGAAGUGUGUUUUCUGGACUUGGAAGCAUUUUUAUGAAUUGAAAUAGUCUAAUAAAUGGUGCUAUGGUGUUUCAAUGUGACUGUCCCUGAUCUUGUCUCCCUGAGGUGCUAUCAACGUUUGAAACCACAACCAACCAAAAACAAGGUGGGCUCUGUCUCUCGGCUUUUCUUUCCUUCUCUUUGGGUGCUGUCUUUGUAGACCUCUGUUUACUGCGCUGUGUCUGCUCGGAGCAGUGUUCUGGCUUUGUUGGUUUUGUUUGUUUUUGCUUUUUUUUUUGUUUUGGUUUGGUUUGGUUUUUUGUUGUUGUUUCCCUUGGUGGCCAAAGCUAGGCACACAGAGAAAGGAGCUUGCUCCUCCUAAGGACGGCAGUGGCCUGCCUGCCUGGGUGGGCUCUAUGGGUUUGUGCUAUCUUCUCAGGCCAUAUUAGAAAGGGGUGGUGGCUUUUAGGAAGGAGAGUCAGGCCCUGCCUCUUCUGGUAUGGCAGGUAUUCUCUUGUGGCCCAGGGUGCUAACCCCAGAGGGGCCAGGCUGAGGUCCAGGGGGAAUGCCUUCACCUGGCCCCAGUGGGGACAGGGUGGGCAAGCCUUUGGUUCUCGCCACUCCCUGAUAGCUCCUGGUGCUGAGACUAAAGGCAGGUGCUUUCAUUGUCCCUGAUGCCACCACGGCUUUUAGUUGGUGCUAAACUUCUCCUGUGUCCACAUAAGCUGAUGUAACUUUUAAGAACUCGACAGGAAGCUCCAUUUUUAUAUCAUUCACUGUCACAAUUUUUUUUAAAAUACCUCAAAAACAGGACAUUGUGACAACUUAGAUUCCAUGAGGGUGUGACACCCGAAGGUUGUCCAUUAAAUGACUUCCUUGCCCUCUACACAGCUGAGAUCACUCUCUCUGCUCAUCAGCAGUAAAUGGCAGAGUGCCCAAGGGAAAGAGUGUGGUUGGAUUGUUUUCAUACUUUAGUUUUGCUUUUGAAUAAAAUGUGAAUCUACUUUGCCCAUCUCAUCGCGCUUUCUGUCACGGUUGCUGUCAUUUGAAAACUCCCACACCUGGUUUUAUCUGCUGUCCCUGCCAGGCAAGCUUCACCACAUACCCUGGACCAAAAUAACACAUUGGCAGUGCAUGACCCAACCCAGGCUCGCAGCUCCACUCACGCCCAUCUUCACCGAAGCGCUGCCUUCCUGGCAGCGCUGCCCAAGAGGGCAAAGCAAUAGGCUUCUCACCUGAGCAGAGGGAAGCGGCAUAGAAGCCGGGCUCUGGACUGUGUGCCUAAGGAUCAGUGAGCUGUUUGGCCUGCUCCACGUUUGCUUCUGUUCUGAUAUCAGGGAUGCUUUCUGUAGGGUGUCGUUCAUGCGCUCCUCGCUCUGACUGCCCAUCAUUCAGGGGGAACCCUCGCUCUUCAUAUGGGGACUUCAGAUAUUAAUCGGCUCAUCUGGACAUCCCAAAUUUUCUUGAUUCCGAUGCAGGUUUGUUUGUUUGUUUGUUGUUUGUUUUUGAGGGGGGAAAGACAGACAGGAGUGGUGUCAUUUCUUUUCUCGCGUUUAAAGAAGCAAGGACCGGCUAUCUCAGCAUUCUAAUGCUUUAGACUUGAUCUAGAACCCUUGUAGCUUUUGGAUGUGUUUUAUUUCUUAUCUCUUUGAAUUCCUGUUUGGUUACCUGGCUUCCAAUGGAGGUGAAUUUAACAACCAUACUUGAAUAUUCCGUCUUGACUUUGUAAACUGUGGCUACUUGAAAUGAAGUUUAUCUGGGGUUGAUGGAUGAAUGGUAGGUUUUUGCAAUGUCUCAAGGCAAUAGGAUGUGUAUUAUUAAACUGUAGAUAUCUUAGUACAGUAAAUUUAUGCUAAUAAUUUUAUUUUGUAUAAUUUUUACCUUUUUGUUAAUAUUUUCCUUCCACUUUAUUGGUUUGUCUCCUGAGCUACCGCCUUCCUUUCCCUUUCCUUCUCCCCCAGUGUUUCAGUAAAUUUAAUUUAGGGUGCCUAGAAAUUGCAAGUAUGUAUCCUUUUUUGAUUUGUAUUUUAUUAUAAUUUACACAAACAACUGGGUUUGUGAACUGUAUUACUCCUGGCAUCUUUAAAAUAUUGUGGGUGUUUUAAUAAAUUUUAUAUUUAUUUUUUGCACUCAAAUUCUGUGUGAGCUCUUUUUUUUUCAUCUCUCUCACCUUGAGCCAGAACUAAAUUGUGACAUAAAGGUACCCUGAGGUCUUGCCCUUCUGUAUGUAUUAUAGAUACCCAGAUGAAGGCUGCCUCAGAGCAGUGAGGGACCUGCUCUCACCUUGCUUGGGCCUAUCAUCUGAGCAGAUGGAGAGCAGAGCUCUGGGGUGCCCUUGGUCAGCUUUUCUCUGCUUUUCCCCCUUCUAGUCAGUUUGGAUUCAGCUGUCCGCACUGCCACCUUAGAGCCGCUAGGAACCGUCACACGCUGGUGGGUUCUGAAGACUGACACAGCCGAGUAGUGAGAUGCAAAGCUGGGCCCAGCUUCUGCUGUCCCUGGACAGAGGGGGUGCCUUUGGUCCAGGCUGCAGUUCUGGCAGUGGCUGGGUUUGGGGAAACUGAGCUGAGAAAGAAGGAUAAAUGGGCAGGAAGCUCUGCCCUAUGCUCGUCCAUUUCCUCUGCCUAAAAUGUCCCACCAAGCAGAUCUAGCAGCAGAAAUCAGCCACCCAGCAAACUAGAGGUUCAGUGAUUUUGCCAGAGGAACCUUCUAGAAAUGCCCAGGCACACUGUCCAAGGUCCUGUUUAUAUCUAUGCACCAUAUGCCUGGUACCCUCAGAGGGCAGAAGAGAGUGUUGGAUUCCCUGGGACUACAGGUGGUUGUGAGGCACCAUGUGCAUGCUGGGAAUUAAACCCAGGUCCUCUGAGAGCAGCCAGUAUCCAUCUCUCCAGUGGCCCCCCCCCCCUCAACACACCAAUUUUGGUUUUGUUUUUCUGCUUCCAAUUGCAUUUGAAGUUCAGUUAAGUGUCUCAUUUAACCCAACUUCCUGGUCUAUCCUGAUCUUCAUUUUGUCGCCACCCCUACCUAGCCACACUGCUUGGUCAACAACUUUAUUGAAAGUUCUACUGCUGGUAGGACCGGAGAGGUGACGUAGAAGUUAAGAACACUUACUGUUCAUUCAGGGAACCUGAGUGUUCGGUUCUUAGCACCCUCAUCAGGCAGGGUCUAUAACUCCGGCUCCAGAAGAUCUAGUGUUCUCUUCUGGUCUCUGUGAGUAUCUAUGUACACGCAUACAUGCAUGCGCGCACACACACACAUACACACACACACACACUGCAAAAGCAGCUCCUCUGAUGAGGGUUUAGAGAUGUUGUGGUCUAUGACUAAAGUGGUCAUUAGGAGUUAUUUUAGUACUAUAUCUACUCAGCAGAAUAACAAUAUUAGGUUAUCUCCCCUGGGGCUUAUGCCCUAUCUAGAUCCAAGUUCUUGGUCCCAUUAGCAGUGCCAGGCAUGGGUUCUAUCUAAUGGAUUGGCCCUUAGAGCCAAUCAGAAAAUGGUUGGUUACUCCCACGAUACUCUCACCACUGUUGCGCAGUGGGUAGAUAUUGGCAGACUACUAGUUACUGUGGCUGGCAGGGUUCACGGCUGGGUGACUACUCUCCUCCAGGACCAUCCCUAGUAGACUCUGAAAGCUAGCCAGUUGGGAUGAAGCUUCCAGGUGAGUACAGUUCGAUUUUUCCGGAUUGUGUGAUUCAGGUAUGUGCUGUCUUAAGCAUUAAGGUUUUACCAUAAGUGCACAGGAUAACCAAGAGUAUUGACAGUAGCCUAUGAUGCUUAGGGGCCGAGGGGACCCUGCUGGCCAACAACUUCUUAAAAAGAAAAACCCUCACAUGGUCAGCAUGCAGGGAAUAAGAAACUGCAGAGGGCUGUCCUGAAAUGGAGUGUUCAUAGCACAUGCGCACACAUGCAUCAGGUGGUGUUGUGCAAGGGGGGAAAGAGUGUAAGCCCCAGAAGUGGUGAGUGACUGCGAGGACAUGGUAUUUCCAGACAGCAGGCGAGCAGUUACACAGAACUCACUGGCAGUUGUGACAGCAUGCACAAGACCAUACAGUCUCAAGCCAGACAAAAUCCCAGCAUGCACAGGGAAGUUGGCACAAAAUCCCGCCACUCUGAGGCGCUUUGGCCUCUGAUAGCUGCCGGGAGAGGGGGUCCGUUUUCUUUAAAGCCAUGGCUGCACUCCCAAGGGUAGUGGGUGGACUGCACAAACUGCACUUGACGGGAAGGAAACACCAAGUUGAGUGGGUAGGGAAGUGAGCGUGGGGCGGGCAGGUAGAGGCGCUGGGUGAGGGGAAGGGAGUGUGGAGUUCCCAAAGAA